AUUAUAUAAAGGUAGCUCUGGAGAGAAGGACUCCUCAAACUCCCAAAAGAACAGAUCCACAGUGGUGAAAGCCGCCACUGACACGUCUUCCAACUAUAAGGCCCUUUUAAAGUCAUACCAGGAGCAGCUGAAGGAGACCAAAGCUCAGCGAGAAGAACUCAGGACCGAAAUCCAGCGUUUAAAAGAAGAUCUGGAGUCCAGACCCACCAUAAAAGAACUGAAAACCUGCAAACAGCAGUUGAGACGCUUGGAUCGGAUCAUUCAGCAGAGCAACAUCAGAUCAUCUCAAGCACUCAAAACGCUGGACUCGGCAGAGACGCUAAACGCAGAUAACACCGCCAUCCAGCAUCUGGAUGCCUCUACCUGCAAGAGACACCUUAUGGAUGUUUGUAAGGAACUCAAUGUGCAAGAUGUCAGUCAUCUAAUUUCUGCUGUGAAAGUUCAACGCAAACAAGCCGAAUCUGCCUUCAAGCUGGAGAAGGUGAUAUUUAUCACA